GAAGACUGUCGCCGGAGCAGCGGAGAAGAGGAGAGAGGGAGAGGGGGGGGAAAAGAGAAAAGCGGUGGAAUGGUGUAAACGCCGAGCGAGUGAAAAAACCCGAGUGAGCGCAGCAGCGAGGGAGGCGCGACGCACGAGGACUAAUUCUUCUCGGUGUGAUUAUCGUGAAAAGUCCGCGAACUCCCGCUUUUUGAUGCUGUCCUCACGGAGGUCUGAGCCAAUAACGGACUUGGUGGUCGGCUGAACCAUGCAGAGGCUGCUGCUCCUGAGUUUGGCGUUGACUUUUCAAACUGUGUGGACGGCGAGGUUCUCUCAGGAGCCGGCAGACCAGUCGGUGGUGCGGGGCCAGAGGGUGAUCCUGUCUUGCGUUGUCUUCAACUACUCGGGCAUCGUUCAGUGGACCAAAGAUGGCCUGGCCCUGGGCAUCGGAGAGGACCUGCGGGCCUGGCCCAGGUACCGUGUGUUGCGUGUGCAGGAGUUGGGCCAGUACAACCUGGAGAUCCUGUCAGCUGACCUAUCUGAUGACUCCCUGUAUGAGUGUCAGGCCCCCGAUGCCGCGCUGAGGUCCAGGAGGGCCAAACUCACAGUCCUCAUUCCCCCAGAUGACCCAGUGAUUGAUGGGGGUCCGGAGGUGCUGCUGAAUGCGGGCGAGUCCUACAACUUGAGCUGCGUGUCUCGAGGGGCGAAGCCGCCUUCUAUGAUCGAGUGGCUCAAAGACGGUCUGCCUGUGGACGGGGCUGCCAGCGCUACUGAGGUGCUUUCAGACAGGAAGAGAGUGACCACUCGUAGCUACCUGCCCGUCCAGCCUGUCGACACCGACACCGGGAGGAACUACAGCUGCGUGGCCACCAACCUGGCUAUUCCCAUGGGCAAAAUCACAACUGUCACCCUCAAUGUCCACCAUCAACCGACAGUGACCUUGUCCAUUGAGCCUCGCUCUGUCCUGGAGGGGGAAAGAGUCACCUUCACCUGCCAGGCCCACGCCAACCCUCCUAUAAUGGGCUACAGGUGGGCUAAGGGUGGCGUGGUGCUGCAGGGUGCCAGGGAGAGUGUGUUCACCACCAAGGCGGACCACUCCUUCUUCACCGAGCCCGUCUCCUGUCUAGUUUUCAACGCUGUGGGGAAGACCAACGUCAGCAUCCUGGUCGACGUCCACUUCGGUCCGAUCCUGUUGGUGGAGCCGCAGCCUAAAACAGUCGAUGUCGACUCCGACGUCAGCCUCAACUGCAAGUGGGCAGGAAACCCUCCGCUCACACUCACCUGGUUUAAAAAGGGCUCAAACAUGGUCCUAAGUAACAGCAACCAGCUGUAUCUGAAGUCGGUGAGCCAGGCGGACGCCGGCCAGUACGUCUGUAAGGCCAUCGUCCCACGGAUUGGUGUGGGAGAGACUGAGGUCACGCUCACAGUCAACGGUCCUCCCAUCAUCUCCAGUGAUCCAGUCCAGUAUGCAGUGAGAGGGGAAAGAGGAGAGGUGAAGUGCUUCAUAGCAAGCACCCCUCCGCCAGAUAAGAUUGUGUGGGCGUGGAAGGAGAACGUGUGGGAGAAGGAGAAGGGGACGCUCCUGGAGAGGUACACAGUGGAGCAGAGCAAAUCGGCGGCUGAGGGCGGCGGCGUCCUCUCCACCCUCACCAUCAACAACGUGAUGGAGUCCGACUUCCUGUCCACCUACAACUGCACGGCGUGGAACUCUUUCGGCCCCGGCACCAUGAUCAUCUCUCUGGAGGAGACUGAGGAGGUCCCAGUGGGUAUAAUCGCUGGAGGGACGGUGGGCUCUACCAUCCUCUUGUUCAUCUUUCUGCUGGUCCUCGUUCUUAUCUUCUACCGGCAGCGCAAAGGCAGUCGGCGUGGGGUCACUCUGGGUAAGCCAGACAUCAAGGUGGAGACGAUAAACAAGGAGACCCACAGCUUGGAGGAGGACUCCGGCAGCGUGUCCACGGCUUCGCGCAUGGUCAAGGCCAUGUACUCGUUUCUCCCCUCUGUGUCCUUCUCUCCCUCCAAUCAGCCAUUUAAAGAUGACAUAGAGCUCAAGUCCGACCUCCGCAGUGACACCCUGGACACCCGCCAGGAAUACGACCUAAAGGACCCCACCAAUGGCUACUACAACGUGCGAGCCUCCACCCAUGAUGAAGGCCGCCCUGCCUCCCGCUCCACCAUGCACUACUCUGACUACCGCUCCCCAACAGGAACACCAGGGGGAGCUGCAUCUAUCAGCAGCAGCGCUGGCGGCUCAGGAGCCACGGCCAGCGGAGGUGCCCCCGGUCCCCCUGGACCCCUUACUUCCCCCGGCCGGCCCCAGGCCUGCUACGAUCCCCGACCCCCAUCCAGACUGUCCCACAUCAGCUACGCCCAGUUCAACACCUUCACCCGUGGGGGCCAGAGCCAGCAGCCCCCUGCCAACCCCGUCCCCGCAGCCAGCGACUUCCCAGGGGACUGCAGCCUCCUGGAGUCCAAUUCUCAGCUGGCCUACGACAACUACGGAUACCCCUCCCAUUACCAGACCUAUCGCAUGGGUUUCGCCCCAUCCAGCUUGGCCCCGCUGGAGGCCGGCCCAUCCUAUGAGAUGUACGGGGUGGGAUCUGGGGUGGCGGCCCCUGCUGUUGGGGUUGUCCCGGGGGGCCCAGCUCCCUCGGGAUCAGAGACUGGACUAGGGAAAUAUGGCAGCUCCACUCGCUUCUCCUACACCUCGCAACACUCCGACUACUCCCAUAGCAGACACACACAGAGGAUGCAGACUCACGUGUGAGACGGAGAUGCAUAAACCACCUCACAGUCUUAGCUGAGCAUGAGGAAGCAUCUUAUAAAUAGCGUCACUUCUAAAAAAACACACACAAUCACAGAUUUACAUGCACAUUUUCACACGCUAACACACCCUACUGAAUACAUACACCACUACAGGACACAAAAAAAAAAACAUCACACACACCCAUGCACGGAGUCAGAAGACCAUGCCCGUGAGACAGGCAGGGUAUGAGAAACGCAGAGGUGCAGAGGGAGGAAGAAAAAAAAAAGACGGGCAGAGAAGAGGGAGUUUUAGUGAGACAGGGAAGGGAAAUUCCACACAAUUUUGAAUUCCCUCACUCCCGAUGUGUUUAUAUAUCUGAGCUCUGAAAGAGCGGACGGCGCAAGUCACAAUCAAGACUGGGAAAGAAAACAAGAACCAGAGAGAGGAGGAGAGAUCGCAGAUCUUUGGAGCCCAUAGCCUUUGCUAUGAAUCGACUUUGUAAAUGAUGAGAGUGAACCUCUUAAGGCAAACUGACUGACUGUCAAAGAUGGUUCGGAGAAAAACCUCAACCAAUGGAAGUCAUUUCUGGCCGCCAUUUUCAAUUUUAAUUUUCUCAUUCUGCUGGUUGUCUUAUCCAGUGAUCAUAGAGCACAUAUAUUUAGUAUCCCAGAAGGCCCUUCUGUACAGUGGUACAUGCCACCAUGCCUUUUAGGCAGCAUGGAGGAGUGUGUUGGGGCCAGGGGGUCGGGUUUGGGAGGGCUAUCAUCCUUUUGCACUGCAUCUACAGUAUUCGUGCUUGGACGUCCCUUAUCUAUCUCUGUGUAAUGUCCUCUUUUUAUUUGCACAGCAACUAGAGCUUUGUAUUCUAUUUUUUAACAUUACAGAAUUAUUUUUGUCAAUGUAAAACAUGUAAUGUGUAUGUAUGGACCAAAAGUUUUGAGCGUGAGUGCACAUAACUCGGGCGUUUUUCCCUGAGUGAAAAGCCCACCGAGAGUGAAGUCUUGUGCCAACAACGGAGCCUGAAAUCAGGGCGCAAUUUUGCAUCCGAAGCGUAUAUCAGUGUAUGAAAGAAACCUAGUGCCAAGUGUUCAUGUUUUUUCUUCACCUUAGACCAUGCAUAUGCAGGAGAAGCUCCUUCUAUUGGCAACUGACGCUUUACACGCCAGGCUCGGGGCCUUGAGUCAUUCCCAGACAUUUUUCUGUCAGCAUUUUUUCUCUGAGCUCUUAACUACAAGCCUGGUGCGGACAGGGAGAAAAACACAGAUGUUGGGUUGAGAACUGAGUGGCCUUAUAGGGGAACAUGUCAUACAUUUCCAUUUUUGAAUCAUUCCUCAUCGUCUGUCUGCCAAAACGGCCAGAGGAGAAUGUGUAUGGGGAGGUUCAUUGAAGGCUUGUCCACAAUAUUGACAUGUAGUAGUGUGUGACUGCGAGUGCGAGUGCAAGGGAGAGACCAAGAGGGACACACACAUCGAUUUGUACAGUGUGUUUGUAUAGAUGCGGGAAUGACUGCGUGUGUGUAUGGGAAGGACUGUUGUAUGCAUGUUAAUAUGUAUACAGUACGUUUGUGUGUGUGUGUGUGUGUGUGUCCAAGUGUGCAGGUGUGUGUUUCUGUAUAUGUCCAUAUCAUUUCUCUCACAAUCCUGUUACAGUACUUUUAUACCUCUGGUAGGACUGUAUCCUGUAUUAUUGUGUCUUUGAAUUUAGGAAAAUCCAAUGUUUAUCUUAUUGUACUGUUCUUCGUAGCAGAGAAAACUGUUCAAAAGAUGUACGACGAACGUUAAACUCUCAUUUUUUAAUUUCAUUAUCUUCAAUAUUUUUUAAAAAUGGUAUGUAAUUAUUUUUCCACAGUAUUACAUAAAUAAAAGCACUGUUUUUUAUAAA